AACAUCAACCCAACAGACUAUUUAAACCUCCUUUCACAGUUUCACUGCAUCAAAACGUCCAAAUUAUUUUCAUUAAAGAAAAUGAAAAUCCAAAUUCGCUACACCAUUUUCUUCUUCUUCUUCCUGUCAACCACCUUACUAACUCUAACCACCGCCGGCAACCCUUUCCCACCAACAUCCAACGACACCGAUUUCAUCCGUACAAGCUGCAGAACCACUUUAUACCCGCAAAUAUGUUACACGUCUCUCUCCGGCUACUCUAGCGCCGUCCAACAAGACCCCGGCCGCCUUGCUAGGGUGGCAAUCGGAGUCACUCUCUCAAAAGCCACCCAUAUGGCUAGAUACGUCUCCAAUAUAUCCCGCAAAGCCGACUACGCCGGCAUUCCAAGAGUCGCCGCUGCCGUACACGAUUGUUUCUCGGUGUUCGGAGACGCGGUGGACGAAAUUCGCGGGUCGCUCCGACAAAUGAGGCGGCUGAAUGGGAGUGGGGAGUCGCUGCGGUUCCAGCUGAGCAACGUGCAGACGUGGAUGAGUGCGGCUUUGACGAAUGAGGAAACUUGUACAGACGGGUUUGAGGACGUGCCGGACGGCGGACUGAAGGCGGACGUCUGUGGCCGGGCGGUGAAGGUGAAGGAGGUGACGAGUAACGCCUUGGCGUUAGUUAACGGUUUUGCGAAUACAAUACAAGCUCGAUGAAUGUUGGUUGAUUACAAACGGUUGUUUGACGGAUACCGUUAAAACUUUUUAUGUCACUUGUGUGAAACAGAGGUUUGUAUUUUGACGGUAAAAGUCAUAAUGUAAUUAAUUAAAUUAUGUUUUAACAAUUUUUGGUGUGUA